UGAGGAUGAUGGCCGCCGGCGCGGUGCACGGCCUCUUCACGGCCUCCGCGGCCCCGCAGCCGCCACCGCCCCCGCCGCCGCCGCCGCCGCCGCAACCCCAGCCUCCCCAGCAGCCGUCGCCGCCGCCACAGCAGCCGCCACCGCCGCCGCCGCAGCCGCCGCAGCAGCAGCAGCCGCCGCCCCAGGCCCCCCCAUGGAGUCCGAGGCCCCGGAUUCCCGCAAGAGGCCCCUCGAAACGCCCCCCGAGGUGGUCUGCACCAAGCGCAGCAAUACGGGAGAGGAAGGGGAAUACUUCCUGAAGGUGCUGAUCCCCAGCUACGCGGCGGGCUCCAUCAUCGGCAAGGGAGGGCAGACCAUCGUGCAGCUGCAGAAGGAGACUGGAGCCACCAUCAAGCUCUCCAAGUCCAAAGACUUCUAUCCCGGAACCACAGAGCGAGUAUGCCUGGUACAGGGCACAGCGGAGGCCUUGAAUGCUGUGCACAGCUUUAUUGCCGAGAAGGUCCGAGAAAUCCCACAAGCAAUGACCAAGCCUGAGGUGGUCAACAUCCUUCAACCCCAAACCACAAUGAACCCUGACAGAGCCAAGCAGGCCAAACUAAUCGUCCCCAACAGCACGGCGGGCCUGAUCAUCGGCAAGGGGGGCGCGACAGUGAAAGCCGUGAUGGAACAGUCGGGUGCUUGGGUGCAGCUGUCCCAGAAGCCGGAGGGCAUCAACCUGCAGGAGCGGGUGGUGACCGUCAGCGGCGAACCGGAGCAGGUGCACAAGGCCGUGAGCGCCAUCGUGCAGAAGGUACAGGAGGAUCCCCAGAGCAGCAGCUGCCUGAAUAUCAGCUACGCCAACGUGGCUGGCCCCGUGGCCAACUCCAACCCCACUGGCUCGCCGUACGCCAGCCCCGCCGAUGUGCUGCCCGCUGCUGCCGCCGCCUCGGCCGCCGCCGCCUCCGGCCUGCUGGGCCCUGCGGGGCUGGCGGGCGUGGGAGCCUUUCCGGCCGCCCUGCCUGCCUUCUCAGGCACCGACCUGCUGGCCAUCAGCACGGCGCUUAAUACGCUGGCCAGUUACGGCUACAACACCAACUCCCUCGGCCUGGGGCUCAACUCGGCCGCAGCCUCCGGGGUCCUGGCCGCCGUGGCCGCCGGUGCCAACCCUGCCGCCGCCGCCGCCGCCAACCUCCUGGCAUCCUACGCCGGUGAAGCGGGGGCCGGGCCCGCCGGCGGGGCUGCCCCACCUCCACCCCCGCCGCCCGGAGCCCUGGGGUCCUUCGCAUUGGCCGCGGCCGCCAACGGCUACCUCGGGGCCGGGGCCGGCAGCGGGGCAGGCGGAGGGGGCGGCCCGCUGGUGGCCGCCGCCGCCGCAGCGGGGGCGGCGGGGGGCUUCCUGACGGCGGAGAAGUUGGCAGCUGAGAGUGCCAAGGAGCUGGUGGAGAUCGCGGUGCCUGAGAACCUGGUGGGAGCCAUCCUGGGCAAGGGGGGCAAGACGUUGGUGGAGUACCAGGAGCUGACGGGCGCCCGCAUCCAGAUCUCCAAGAAGGGGGAGUUCCUGCCAGGCACGCGGAACCGGCGGGUCACCAUCACGGGCAGCCCCGCGGCCACGCAAGCCGCUCAAUACCUCAUCAGCCAGCGGGUCACCUACGAGCAGGGAGUGAGGGCCUCAAACCCCCAGAAAGUGGGAUGAGGCCUGUGGUGUGCGCUCCUGCCCAGUCUCCCUGCCUUUCCUCCUCCUCCUCCUCCCCCCCCCACCCCCAACUCCUGACCUCAGCUCGGUAGAGUCCUGCUUCUCUUGGGAUGGGGCUGGGGUAGGCCUGACUGCACCCCCCCUUUUCUGGUAGUCAUAGGCAGGAUUGAGUGAUGGCUGGGGAUGGGGCCCAGAAGCUCCCUCUCCAGCCCUGAACUGACCCCUUCUUCCUUCCUCCUUCUGCUUGACUGGGCCUGACCCUCCUCUCCCAGGGCCCAGGUCUGUGUGAUAUCUGUAUAUAUUGCAUUUUGUUGAUUUUAAUAGAAAACAAAGCGUUAUUUUC